AAACUGCAGGGCUCCGCACACGCUAACAUUUGCUCUGUCCCAUUUUGGUUGCUGGGAGCUGUACAAUAUCUUCAACUGCAUACGAGGCCACUGAGGAAUAUUCUUAUAGCCAGAUAGUGGCUCACACCUUUACGGAGACUGCUCUAGGCAUUUUUUCCUUCUGUCUAAGGAUCUCCUGGAGAGCUGCAACAAUGCCCAAAAGAAAGGCUGCAAGCGAUGCCAGUCAGGAGCCAAAGAGAAGAUCAGCCCGACUGUCUGCUGUGCCUGUGCCCUUUACACCAGAGCUGAGACCUAAAAGAACAUCAACUCCAAGGAAAAUGAAGAACACAAAUGUUGUAGCGGAAGAAAACAAGGAUGCAGAUGCUGUAACAGUUCCUGAGAGCAAACCCGAAGGUGUUCAGGAGGCGUGCAACACGGACAAGGCUGGAAAUGGAGAAGCCAAAGUUGUGGAGGCACCCACUCAAAAGAUGGGAGCGGAGGAAGUAAAAGAAGAGAUGAAUGAAGAUGCUGAAGAAGACGGAGGAGAAAAGAAAGAAGCCGCGGCAGAAGGAAAAGAUGAUGAGCUAGAAGAAAACAUCCAAAGUACAGAGAAAGAUGAAGAUGGAGAAGAGGACAGAGAUAAAGGUGAGGAGCUGAAAGAUGAAAACAGGGAAGACGGCCUGGAAGAGAAACCAGAGGCAGGAGGAAGUGAGGAUGCAAGAGAGGACAAAGAUGGUGGAGGCAAAGGAGGUGAUGAAAAAGAAGACAGCAAAGAGGAGCAAGGGGACGGGAAGACGGAAGGAGAGAAAGAUGACAAAGAAGAAGCUGAAACCGAGGAAGAAGUUAAAGAACAGAGAGAGGAUAAAGAAGAGGAAGGUGGAAAAUGCAAAGAGGAAAAUAAGGAAGAUGAACAGGAAGGCCAGAGUAGGGAAGACGGAAGGGAAAAAGAUGAUGGGAAAGAAGAGAGAAAGGAGGAAGAAGGCAAAGAAAAAGAGGUUAAAAGUGAAGGAAAUGAUGAAAACAAGGUGGAGGCUGAACAAGAAGCUGAAAACAAAGAUUUCAAACAAUAUGGAGGAAAAGAGGCGUCUCUGAGUACUGUCUAAAACUGCCCUGUGUGAUAUCAUAAUU